ACAAUAUUUUUUUUUUCGGACGUGAAGAGGAAUUAGAAACGGGUUAAUGGCGCCUGCGGAGCAGCAUUGAAGUCCAGGCUGUGGCGCUAUCCUUUUAUCGGCUCACGUUUCUUCUCUUCUUCUUCUUCCCCUCGUCCUCUUCUUAGUCCCCGCAUCCUGCCGCGGCGCCCCCGUUUACCCGCCGAGAAGAGAAAGCUCGCCGGAUAGGACCGUCGGAAGGCGGAGCCGGCAGAUUUGUUGUGAAAAAUAUGGAAAAUGGGGUGGCAAUCAUGAAAAGAGCGGCAGGGAGACACGAAGAAGGAAUCAAAUUAAAUAGCGGGGGAUAUUUGAAAUGUGACGACAAUAUAUUUUUUUUUCCGGACGUGAAGAGGAAUUAGAAACGGGUUAAUGGCGCCUGCGGAGCAGCAUUGAAGUCCAGGCUGUGGCGCUAUCCUUUUAAUCUUUUAUCGGCUCACGUUUCUUCUCUUCUUCUUCUCCUUCUUCCCCUCGUCCUCUUCUUCGUCCCCGCAUCCUGCCGCGGCGCCCCCGUUUACCCACCAAGAAGAGAAAGCUCGCCGGAUAGGACCGUCGGAAGGCGGAGCCGGCAGGUAGUCCCUUUAGCUCCUUGCCUCGGAGAUCACGAAGGAGAAGAAUCCUUAGGAAAAGGAGUGUUCUUUGUGCGAAUUUGGUUUACUUCCUGGAUCUGCCCUCCGGCGGAGCCGCCACGGAUUGGCUGAAUCUGAGGAAGGAUUUUGGAUUGGAGGAGUCUUGCUAGGGUUUGUGUUGCCGCUUCAUUUAUAUCUCCCGUGUUGUUUGGGAAUCGAUGCUCUUUGGAGCUGGGGAAAUUGAUGCCUCCCGAGCCGCUGCCAUGGGAGAGGAAGGAGUGCACCUUCAAGGAUCACCGGAAGCACGAGCGCGGGGAUGCCCUUGGCGGCGCCGGCGGCGGAUCCUCGUUUUCUGUGAGGUGGAGGGAACUACACCAAGUGCCCCGUGAUUUCUCUCGCGCCUCCCCCCGACGGCCCCUCACCGGUCAAUACCAGCAGGGCGGAAGUUUCCACCAGGUCUACCCGGAAGAUUUCGUCGGACAUGGAUCCACACCGUCGCACUCCGACAGAAUUUGGUCGGAAGAUGACAGCUUUAGGCCGUCUUCUGCUAGGUACUUCAGCGAUUACCGCAGCAGCAGGGAGAACAGAGGAUCUUGUCGGCGAUCCCCAUAUUGGGAUGUUGGUGAGUUCCCACGACAGCAGCACCAUCAGGAAACCCAUGCGCCCCCUCAGAGGCCAGUUAGUGCUCCGAUUUCUUCAACAUCUCAGACCUCCUCAAACAGAAACUAUGAUAAAAUUGAAUGUAUGGAUGAUGACUUGGGCACGCUCAAUUCUCAGGCCUGGAAGAAAUGGAACCGCCCGGCCUCGACUACGACUGGAAGAUCUGAAUCAGAGGAUGGUGGAACUGAGGUAGGGUUGCCACUCGAGAAAGAAACUUCAGUAGUUUGUCUUGCUUCAACUGAAAGUGCUCCGAAGAAGCCAAGACUUGGAUGGGGCCAGGGGCUUGCUAAGUAUGAGAAGCAGAAGGUAGAAGGAUCUACAGAACCUUCAGUAGGUGCUAUGUCUGGAUGUUUAUCGCCCUCAACUCCCUCUUCUGCAACUUGCAGCUCAUCACCAGGCACUGAAGAUAAACUUUGCAGCAGGGCUGGGGAUGAUGAUAACGGUGAUUUACCUGAAUCCACAUUUCCCUCUUUCUACGAGGAAAUCCGUGCUAAUCUGGAUAACCUAGAAGUUAAUCCUAUCAGUUCAUUGGAUUCUCUUCUCGUUGAUUUGUUUCAAUCGGAGGAUGCUCUUGGCAACGAUUCCAGUUUAAUGAGGCAUUCUGCUAUGAACAAAUUUUCAGAAUUGAAGUCGCAAGUUUCAAAUGCAUAUGAAAAAAUAGAGAAUAAAAUUGACUUACUAGAAAAGGAGCUCAAGGCAAUAACUUGUGAUACUAAAACUGAUGCCCGUCAAGGUGCCUUGAAAUCAGCCGAUGAUUAUGCUUCUGUGCUAAGUAGAUCAUUGGGUGGUUUAUCGAAUGGAUGCAAGGAUUUCAAGGACCAACAGGUGAAAUGUAUAGAAGAGUCAUCACUUAACGAUGAUGAGCUCAAACCUUCUGGUGGACUUGAUGAACAUGACAAUGUGGUUGAAGAAACAGUAUCGCCUCCGUUGGAAAAGGAACUUCCUGUUUGUGGCAUGGAGAAAAUGAUGACAACACUUUCAUCAAUUGAACAUGAAACACAGAAAUUAUGUAAAGCUGAGAGUACUAGUUUUGUGAAUAGCAGUGUUCGUGUAGACGCUCAUGGUAUGACACAGAUGAAGACAGAUCCUAACUUAGCAAAUUCAAUCAUGGAUUCCAACAGGAAUACAUCAAAGCUUUCCUGGGAGGUGUUUAGUACAAAAUUCUGUAAAGAUCUUCCUUCCGCAGAUGAUCGAGAAUUUGUUAAUUUUACUUCAUGUCGCCAGCGUGAAUUGAAAGUCAAACAGAAGCUUGCAAUUACAAAGCGCCAACAAAAAUUCAGAGAACGAGUUCUUACUCUUAAAUUUAGGGCAUUACAUCACUUGUGGAGGGAGGACUUGCGCUUGCUUUCAAUCAAAAGGCUUCGCACUAAGUCAAGCAAGCGGACUGAACUUAGCAACCGAUGUUCGCAAAAUGGUUCUCAAAAGCUCUGUUCUUCAAUCCAAUUACAGUCUGCUUUGCCCGGUAACUCAACUCUCGUUCCUACAGCAGAGAUAAUGAACUUUACUAGCAAAUUGCUGUUAGAUUCACAAAUCAAGAUUUGCAGAAGUAACCUGAAGAUGCCAGUAAUGCUAUUAAAUGAGAGGAGUAGAAAGCACUGUAAGUUUGUUGCUGACAAUGGAUUAAUAGAAGAUCCUCUGACUUCUGAGAUAGAAAGGGGACUGAUAAACCCAUGGUUGCAUGACGAAAAAGAGGUUUUCAAGAAGAUGCUUGCUAAAUAUGGUAAAGAUUUCACUAAGAUCUCUUCCUUUCUGGAUCAUAAAACUACAGCAGACUGCAUUGAAUUUUAUUACAAAAGCCACAAGUCAGAGAGUUUCAAAGACGUGAAGAAAUCUUUAGAUCUCAGAAAGCAACAGCAAUCGUUACAAACCAGUGCAUACCUUGUAGCGUCAGGAAAGAACUGGAAUAGCAAAACAAGUGUUGCAUCGCUUGAUUUGUUGCGUGCUGCCUCAGUCAUGGCUUUACGCGAACAGUAUACCGCAAGGCUCAAAAAAUAUGUCAGAAGUAGUGUAAAUGAUGAUGGGGCAAAUGAGCACGCAUCUACUCGAGAAAUAGAAUUCAUGGCUGCUGAUGCAUUAGCAGGCAUUUGUGGCACGGUAUCUUCUGAGGCUAUCAGCUCAUAUGGUACCGGUUCUAUUGAUCCUGCUAAGAAUACGAAGGAUGAGGAUGAUUCCUGCUCGGAUGAGGUCUUUGGAGAAUUGGACUCGGCUGAUUGGACAGAUGAGGAAAAGGCAAUGUUUAUGCAAGCUUUGCGCAUGUAUGGAAAGGAUUUUGCAGGCAUCUCAAGUUACAUGAGGACGAGAUCAAGGGAACAGUGCAAAAUCUUCUUCAGUAAGGCUCGAAAGUGCCUUUCUCUUGAUAUGCUUCGUCAAGGCUGCGUUGAUGAGAUUACACCAAGAAGUCUAACAAAUGGAGGAAGAAGUGACACAGAUGAUGCUUGUGUUGUAGAGAUGGACUCUGCAAUCUGCAGCACUCAAUCAUGUUCCAAAAUUGAUGAGGAUGUCUCCCAGCCUUUGGUCGGUACCAGGUAUGAGAAGAUUGACGACCCUGCAAGCACUAAUUUCCGUGUCAAAACUGACUAUGAGGUGAAUGAUCAUUCUGCAAGUACUGAUUUCCAGGUCAAAACUGAAAGAUCAAAUGAGCUGGUUGAUAAUGUACCGAUUAAACCUUGUCUCGAGGACUGUCAGGAUGAAGUAGACAGGCAGGCGCUUAUUGUUCACGAUGUCAAGCGGGCAGGCAGUGGGUACAAUCUUCAAUCUUAUGUGCCUCCAAAGGGAAGUAUCAUUACUGCAUCAGGAUGUGAAUCUGUACAGCUUUGUGAGGACGCAGAGUCUGCCGAUAGAGAGACAAAAGUUGAGGGAAUAGAUACUGUUAUUUCUCUACCUGAGCCUGUUGUUUUAAUCCGAAAAAGUGAGCAAGUUGAAGAAUGCAUUGGAGUGUCGAGUCAACAAACUGCUAGUUUGGUAACUGAUGCAGGUAUUGAUGGAUGCUUUUCUUCUGGAGGUAUGGAAAAGGAACUAGAUUCAAAACCGCCACUUGAUACCAAGGUUGGGUUAUCAAACGCAAAAUUCAUAAACAGCAAUUUCACAGCCGAUGGCAAUGACCCUGUUUGGUUUCCAAAAGCUUCAGUUCAAAGUGCACUUCCAGUAGUCUCAGCACCUAUGGCUAAUGGUUGUCACCAUCUGACCGAUUCUGACACUCGGGGACAAAUACAAGUUGAUGCACACCCAUCUGCUGCAAAGAAAUUGCAGACUACACUGAAGCAGGAAAAUGGCCAAUCUACAUCACUGGAUUCAUUUUUGUCGGAUCCAGCUGAUUUAUGUUCUGGAGGCUCUCCAAGAAUAUUGUAUGAGACAACUUUAAACUUAGAGGAGUACGGGAAUAACAAGCAUAAGAACUUGAUAAAGAGAGAUCUGUGCCCACAGUAUAUGCUCAGAAACUUGCCAUUCAGCCAAGUUGAUCGGGAUGUGAAUAUUCUAAGAGGCUAUCCACUGCAGUCGGCGAACCAGGAAGCCAAUGGGGAAACAACCAUUCAUGCAGGCACGAAACUGAGUCGGCUUCGAAUGGAAGCCGUGACAAAUGGAGCCUCCCAAUCAAAUCAUUUGUUUUUGCCCGAUAAGCACUGGGACAAAGGCAAUGUUUCCACUCUACAUUCAGUGCCUGCUCCAUUUCAUCCCGUGAGAAUUGAACAUCAAUCAGAUGCUGACCUUAGGACAUGUUCUGAGAAAGCUGGUGCUGAGGUAGAGGAACACAAACCUGGAGAUGUGAAGCUGUUUGGAAAAAUACUUAGCGUGACCACAUCUUCUUUGCAGAAAUCCCCCUCGCCCUCGCCCUCCCGAGAAAGUGAUCGACAACCCUGGUUGCCAAAGAUGGAUGGUGCUUUAAAUAGUGCAUGCCAAUUGAACUUGGAGACAACUUGCGGUUUCUGGGAUAGCAAGCGAAUACAAACUGAUUUUUCUUCAUUGCCAGAUACUGCUUCAAUGUUGUUGGAGUUCAAAGGCUCCCCAACCAUUGUAUCGCAUAAUCCGGCCAAAGGUGGUAGUCCAGGCUGUGACGACAUUGUGACAGGUGCCAUGUCGGACUAUCUGCAGUCUGACAUGCAGACAUUGCCUUCGAAUACGAAGCAGACAGAGAAUUUUCCUGGGCUGCAGAAGAGAGGCUUAAUUGAAACUAUCCCAGGGUUUCAGCAGCAAAUGAGGGUAAUGCCUCUGGGCACAAACAUGAUGGGGGGUGGAAUGUUGGUUGGAGGAGGAGCGGUGUCCGACCCGAUCACUGCCCUAAAGAUGCAUUUCGCUGCAAGGGCGAACCUAUAUAGCAGUGAUACAGAACCAUGGAGAGGAGACACAGGAAGCAGAUAGUAGGAAGGCUUUGAUCGAAUCAGAGGUGGUAGAACAGGAUGGUAAUGUAGAUUGGACCUUUAGGCUGUUGUGCCUGUUUGUAUCAUAUUUACCCUUUGUAACUUGUAGCAAAUUGAACAGGGAAGUGGGAUUCCCAUUCCUGACUGACCAUAACUACAUGGGCUCUGCUUUCCUCCA